UGGAGACUCGGCAGUAGAAUCUUGUCCUGGGGGCUGUUUCUCCCCUCCGUUUCUGCUCCAGGAGCUGCUUCUGAGUUGUUCUGCGUCAGCCAUGUCGCCGGCUCCAGGGACAGCCCUGGCCUCUGCCUCGGUCUCCCUGUUGGACCUUACUGCGGAAGCUUCACUCGUUCAGGGUCUGAGCCUGGUGAGCCAAGCUGCCGCGGAGACUCUGCCCGGGGCGUCGCGUACUCCCUGUCCAGGAGAAAAUACAAGUUCAGGAAGAAAAGUAUUGCCAUGUUCUCUGGAUAUUUCAGAGAAAUUAUUUUGCUCAGCCUGUGACCAGAUCUUCCAGAACCACCAGGAACAGAGAGAACAUUACAAGCUCGAUUGGCAUCGCUUUAACCUAAAACAACGUCUCAAGAACAAACCUCUCCUGUCUGCUUCAGACUUUGAAAAGCAAAGCUCCGCAGGAGAUCUUUCCAGCAUCUCAGGAUCAGACGACUCAGACUCCUCUAGCGAAGAGGACUUGCCAACACUGGAUGAGGGGAGGGCUGAGUUUGAGAAACCUAACCGACCCCGGGGAUUCUACCCACACCGUGUCCUUUUCAAAAAUGCCCAGGGCCAGUUCCUUUAUGCCUAUCGCUGUGUCCUAGGCCCUCGCCAGGUUCCCCCAGAAAAGGAAGAAUUGCUAAUACAGAACCUGCAAAGUGGAGGUCCCAGAUACUCCGUGGUGCUCAUGGCUGCUGCUGGUCAUUUUGCUGGUGCCAUUUUUCAAGGAAGACAAGUGGUGACGCACAAAACCUUUCACCGUUAUACCGUGCGGGCCAAGAGGGGCACAGCCCAGGGGCUUCAGGAUGCCCAGAGUAGGGCAUCACGUUCAGCUGGAGCCAACUUGAGGCGUUACAAUGAAGCCAUGCUGUAUAAGGAUGUUCGAGACUUACUGGCAGGGCCAACCUGGGCUAAAGCACUAGGGGAAACAGAAACAAUACUGCUACGUGCCCCACGCUCUGGCCGGUCCGUGUUCUUUGGAGGUCAGGGGGCACCCUUGCAAAGGGAUGAUUCCCGACUUUGGGAUAUCCCCCUCACCACCCGAAGACCCACUUUUGGAGAGCUUCAGCGUGUGCUCCAUAAGCUGAUGACCUUGCAGGUGUAUGAUGAAGACCCUCGAGAAAUGGUCAGAUUUCAUUCACUUGAGAAACAUUGGAAGCCAGUGACAGAGGAGAGGAGAAAGGCUACUGAUAAAGAAAAGGCAAAAGUCCCCAGUGAUGAAAAUAAGGCACUUGGGCAGGAUGAAGAAUCACUCAAACAAGGUUCAGAGUCUCAGGAAGAAGAUGGCUCCCAAGCAGAGUUGGAGCUAGUAGAGAUGACACUGGGGACCCUGGAUCUUCGUGAAUUUGAGGUAUUGCCCAAGCGGAGGAGGAAGAAAAAGAAGAAGGAAAAAAGUCAAGACCAGCAGUGUGGGACACAUGUGACAUUUCUUCAGCAAUCUCAAGAAGAUGAGCCAUUCUUAAAGCCAGACGAAGUGGUUACAACCCCAUUGGACAGUUUGGUUGAUGAGGCCAAAGCCCCUGGUCAGCCAGAGCUCUGGGAUAUGCUUCUAUCUGCUUGCCGAGCUGGGGACGUUGAGGUGCUAAAGCUCCAGCUAGCUACUGGGCCCGAAGACCCUGGAGUUAUGUCCCUACUCAAUGCCCCUUUGGGCUCUGGUGGGUUUACUCUCCUGCAUGCAGCAGCCGCAGCUGGAAGAGGCUUAGUAGUUCGUCUGCUGCUGGAGGCAGGUGCUGACCCCACUGUGCAGGACUCUAGGGCUCGGCCACCUUAUACCGUAGCAGCUGACAAAUCAACACGAAAUGAAUUCCGAAGGUUCAUGGAGAAGAAUCUUGAUGCCUAUGAUUACAACAAGGCUCGGGUGAGCUGGAAAAGGAGCUACAGAGUGGGAGGGCAUCAGAGAUCCUCACUAUGUCCUUCCUACUUCCUUGUAGUUUUACAGUAUCUUUGGGAAAUCCUCCAGGUGCCAGGGCCACUGACUCAAGAAAUGGAGGCCCGGCAGGCUACAAGGAAAAAGGAGCAGAAGGCAGCUCGACGGCAACGUGAGCAGCAGCAGCAGAAGCAGAGGGAGCAGGAAAAGCAGGAACAAGAAGAACAGCGGCGAUUUGCUGCCCUCAGUGACCGAGAGAAGAGAGCUCUGGCUGCAGAGCGCCGACUUGCUGCCCAGCUGGGAGCCCCUAGCCCUCCGGUUCCUGACUCUUCAGUUGUCAAUGCUGGGCGCUGUUGGAGUUGUGGAGUGUCCCUCCAAGGCCUCGUUCCCUUUCACUACCUCCACUUCUCUUUCUGCUCCACGCGUUGCCUUAGAGACCAUCGCAGUCAGGCAGGGAGGCCUUCUUCCUGAUUUCUUAUAGCCACCUGGGGCCAACGCUGGGCCCUGAGAGGAUACAUACAGACCUAGAGUUUUUCUCCCUCCUCGUGAAGCUCAAGAUUAUGUGGAAGAUGGGUGAGGGACACUCAGGAACAAGGGCAAAGGUGUCCACACAGGUGUAUGGAGCCAGCACUGUCUUUGGAAUUUUAAUCACAAUAAAGUUUGGCAAGAAAACUG